AUGGAUCAAGAAAUAGCUGUGGCUGCUAGCGCUGAAGUUGUAAAAAACGCUACAUCAGAUGUAUAUGUUUUGCUUAAACAACAGAUCUCUUAUGUUUUCAAGUACCAGAACUACAUCAACGACCUCAAGAAUCAAGUUCAGGAGAUCAGAUAUAAAAGAGAAAUGGUGCAGAGACCUGUAGAGUCUGCUGAGAGACGGGGGGAAGAGAUUUAUGGAGUUGUUACAAAAUGGUUGAGUGACGUGGAUGAGUUCACUGAAGGGGUAGCAAAAUCCAUCAUUGAGGAUGAAGAUAAAGCAAACAAGGGCGGCUGUUUCAAAUUGGGGUCAUGUCCUAAUUUGAUUCAACGUUACAAGCUGGGCAAAAAAGCAAUGAAGGCCAAAAUGGAUGGCAUCGAUCUCUGCGAAAAGGGGGACUUCAAUAGUGUUUCUUACCGUCCUGCGCUACAGAGGAUAGAAUCCAUGUAUGUUAGAGGCUUCGAGGCCUUUGAUUCUAGAAUGCAAGUUUUGCAGGAAAUUAUGGACACAUUGAAGGAUGCUAAUGUUAACAUGAUUGGGGUGCAUGGGAUGGGAGGUGUGGGCAAAACCACACUGGUCAGAAAAAUAGCUAUGCUGGCCAAGGAAAACAAGUUAUUUGAUGAGGUGGCCAUGGCUGAGGUAGGACAAACCCCAGACUGCAAAAAAGUUCAAGAAAAAAUUGCUAUUGAUUUAGGCCUGGAAUUUGGACAGGAGAGUGAAUAUCAGAGACGUGGUUUACUACGGAAUAGGAUAAAGAAGGAGAAGAAUGUACUUGUAAUAUUUGAUAAUAUUUGGACGAAAGUCGACUUGGAUGCAAUUGGAAUUCCUUUCGGGGGAGGUGGGAAACAAGGAAAAGAUGACAAGGUGAGGGGAUGCACGGUAUUGCUAACUUCUAGAAAUCUGGAUGUAUUAAACAAAGAUAUGAACACUCAGAAGAACAUCCUUGUUCUUCCUUUAUCUGAUGGAGACUCAUGGAAUUUGUUUGGGAAGAUUGUGGGUGAUUUGGCAGAAAACCCUGAUUUUCAUUAUGUAGCAGUUCAGAUAGUUACCAAAUGUGCAGGUUUACCGGUUGCUAUUUCCACAAUUGCGCAUGCAUUGAAAAAUGAGAGUCUUAACGCUUGGGAAGAUACCUUGGCUCAACUAAAAAGGUCUAAUCCAAGAUGCCUUCUGGAUAUGGAAGAAACUUUGUACUCUACCAUAGAACUGAGUUACAAUUUUUUGAAAAAUGAGGAAGCAAAAACAUUGUUUCUUCUUUGCGCUCUACAAAAUGGAGGCACUAGAAUAUCCAUUGGUGACUUAUUCAAAUAUAGUAUGGGUUGGAGUCUGUUUGGAGAUGGCUUUACAUUAGAAGAAGGAAGGAAUAGAUUGCGUAGGUUGAUAGAUCAUCUGAAAGCUCGUUGUUUAUUGUUGGAUGACGAUGGCGAUGACGACAUAGUUAAAAUGCAUGACAUUAUUCAUGCUAUUGCUAUAUCGAUUGCAGCAACAGAUAAGUUAAUGUUUAGUAUUCAAAAUGUCACCGGCUUGAAGGAAGUACUGGAGGAGAAAAAAGAUUCAAAUGCUCUAUCUUUGCAGUAUAUAGAUAUUUAUGAUGAGCUUCCUGAAAAGUUGGAAUGUCCUCAACUCAAGUUGUUUUUCCUAUAUAUGAGAAACAAAAAUCUACAUAUCCCAGAUACUUUUUUCGAAGGAAUGAGAGAAUUGAAAGUUUUGGAUUUGACCACAAUACAAUUCUUGUCAUUACCUUCAUCACUUGAUUGCCUCAAGAAAAUUCGAACAUUGUGUUUGGAUGGGUGCCAGCUAGGAGAUGUAGCAAUAGUUGGAGAGUUAAAGACAUUAGAGAUCCUUAGCUUUCAACAAUCUGAUAUUGAACAGUUGCCUGGAGAAAUCAGACAGUUGACUCGGUUGAAGUUGUUAGAUUUGAGCCAUUGUUUAAACCUUAGACAGAUUGCACCAAAUGUCAUCUCCUGCUUGUCUCAAUUAGAAGAGCUAUAUAUGGGCAAUAGCUUUGUUCAAUGGGAGGUUGAAGGAGUCGAUAAUCAAGGACGAAGAAAUGCUAGUCUUGGAGAGUUAAAGCAGUUGUCUAACCUAACAGCUUUACAUCUUCAUAUUCAGAAUGCUGGAGUUAUGCCACGAGACUUGUUCUUUAAGAAGUUGAAAAGUUAUAAGAUAUUUAUAGGAGAAAAAUGGAAGUGGUCCAAUAAAUAUGACCUUUCAACUUCAAGAAUGCUCAAACUCAAGAUCAACAAUAGUACUUGUUUGGGGCUCGGGAUUAAAGCUUUGUUGAAGAUGACUGAAGAUCUUUCUCUAGAGGAAAUGAAUGGUGUUAGAAAUGUUCUUUAUGAACUCGAUAUGGAUGGUUUUCCACAUUUGAAGCAUCUGCUUGUAAAAGAUUGUCUCGAGCUUUUAUAUAUCAUUAAGUCAGUUGCCUGGAAUCUAGCCUUUCCCAAAUUGGAGUCCUUGAUCCUUUGUAAUCUGAUUAAUUUGGAGAAGAUAUGUCAUGACCAACUCAAUGCAGGGUCGUUCAGCAAAUUAAGGAUAAUGAAAAUAGAAAAAUGUGAUAGAUUGGAGUAUCUCUUUGCAUCCUCAGUGGCAAAAAACCUUACUCAGCUACAAAAAAUUGAAGUGAAUGAUUGUAAGAACCUAAAAGAGAUUUUUGGUGAAGAAAGUAAAGACCAUGGUGGUGAAAUUGAAACAAAUGAUAAGAUUGACUUCAAUCAAUUGUGUUCUCUAACACUACAACGUCUACCACAAUUCAUAAAGUUUGGUUGUGACAUGAAGGUCGUCUUUCCAAGAUUGGAGAACUUGAAACUGUGCUCAAUUAAUAUUGAGAAUACAUGGCUUGAUCAACCUCUGGGAAUGUCUUCUUAUAGUCAAUGCUUAAAAAGCUUAACCGUGGAGGAGUGUCAUGGCUUGAAAUUUUUGUUUUCAUCCUCUAUGGUCAAAAGUCUUAACCAACUCCAUAAACUUGUGAUAGGCAAUUGUAAGUCAAUGGAAGUAAUAAUCGACUCAAAAGGGGAAGAGGGAGAAGAAAGGAUAAUUGAUAUGAGCUUUCCUAAACUAUUCUACAUGAAGCUUGAAGUUCUGCCAAAACUUGUGACUUUUGGCAUUGGGAAUUCAAUCGAAUUCCCGUCUUUAAAUGAACUUCAUAUUGAUGGUUGCACUAAUUUGAAGACAUUCUUUUGCAAAUCUUUUCAUCCAGGCACGGUGAGAGAAGAACCUGAAGAAGAACUGAACUUGGAGAACUACUUUAUUGAUAUAAACCCUCUUUUUGAUGAAAAGGUUGUUUUUCCAAGCUUGGAGGUGAUGAUACUAUUACACUUGGAUAACUUGCAAUUGAUAUGGCAUAACCAACAACUCCAUGUGGAAUCCUUUUGCAAACUAAAAGAAGUGAGAGUCGAAUUCUGUGAAAAGUUACAGAAUAUUAUUCCAUCUAAUUCUCACGGACUUCUCACCUUUCACAAUCUAGAGAGAUUGACGAUUGAGAAUUGUUGGAGUAUGAAAAGUCUCUUUCCAGUUACUAUAGCUACUAGUCUCGUGCAACUUAAUGACCUUUGGUUAUUCUCCUGUGGGUUGGAGAAAAUCGUUUCUGUGGAGGAAGUUAACGAGGCCCCUAGAUUUUUGUUUCCACAAUUAACAAACUUUAAGCUCGAUAAUUUACCGGAACUCAAAUGUUUCUACCCAGGGUUCCAUAUGAUAGAGUGCCCGAUGCUAAAAGUUGUGGCUGUGUAUGGUUGCAAGAAGAUAAAAAUAUAUGCUUCAGAAUUUCCUAGCUUCCAAAAGAAAGACGAUGGGGAAAGCCAACCUGCCAUUUUUCUGUUAGAAAAGGUCAUACCAAAUUUGGAGGUGUUGGGUUUAGACGCACAUGAUUUCAGAUUGACAUUCCUCCAUAGUGAUUUGGCUGAGAGCUUUGGCAAACUUAAACGACUUUCGCUGGGUUACUUUGAUGAUGAAUCUGUUGCUUCUUUGUUUAGUUUCCUUCAAAGGUUAGAUUGUUUGGAAUCACUUUGUUUUUGUGUUAAUAGUUUCAAAGAGCUAUUCCCCUAUGAGCAAGGACAUAUAUGGAAACAAGAUUUACGAGGGGACACAUUUCUUCAAAAUCUUCAAACUCUACAAGUAAUUAGAUGCCAUUGUUUGACAAUUAUAAUGCCAUCUGCAAUGUCUUUCAAAAAUCUUACAACUUUGGACACUUGGAGCUGCGAUGGACUAGUCAACGUACUUGCUUGCUCAGCAGCCAGAACUCUUGUCAAUCUCACAACUAUGAGAAUAAGAGACUGCAAGUUAGUGAUAGAGCCAAUUAUUCCUUCAAGUUCCCUUGUUUGGAGCAAGUUAUUGUGA